GAGCGGGGGGGGAGGACCGCGCCGCGCCCCGCUCCAUUCGGUUCGGUUCUGUUCCGUUCCGCUGAGCUCCGGCGGGGCGGCUCGGGGCGAGAGGCGUCGGGCUGCCGCGGGACGGCGGGCAUCGCCCUUCGGAGAAAAUGGCAAAAAUGGAGGUCAAGACAUCACUCUUAGAUGACAUGAUAGGGGUGGGAGAUAUGGUUCUUUUAGAGCCACUUAAUGAAGAUUCCUUCAUCAACAACCUGAAAAAACGCUUUGAUCACAACGAAGUUUAUACAUACAUUGGCAGCGUGGUGAUAUCAAUAAACCCCUACAGUUCUCUCCCCAUUUAUACUCCAGAGAAAGUGGAAGAAUACAGAAACCGAAACUUCUAUGAGCUCAGUCCUCACAUCUUUGCUCUGUCAGAUGAAGCAUACAGAUCUUUAAGGGACCAGGACAAAGACCAGUGCAUCCUCAUUACAGGAGAGAGUGGAGCUGGAAAAACAGAGGCAAGCAAGCUGGUCAUGUCUUAUGUGGCUGCUGUGUGUGGAAAAGGGGCAGAAGUUAACCAAGUAAAAGAACAGCUUUUGCAGUCAAAUCCAGUUCUAGAAGCUUUUGGAAAUGCCAAAACUGUGAGGAAUGACAACUCCUCUAGAUUUGGAAAAUACAUGGAUAUUGAGUUUGAUUUCAAGGGUGACCCACUUGGUGGUGUUAUAAGCAACUAUCUGCUUGAGAAGUCUCGUGUUGUUAAGCAGCCAAGAGGUGAAAGAAACUUUCACAUUUUCUAUCAGAUACUGUCUGGUGCCUCAGAAGAUUUCCUCUGCAAGCUCAAGCUGGAGCGGGACUUCAGUAGAUACAACUACCUGGGCCUGGAUUCUGCCAAAGUGAAUGGAGUGGAUGAUGCUGCAAACUUCAGAACAGUCAGGAAUGCAAUGCAGAUUGUUGGGUUUAUGGAUCAUGAAACACAGUCUGUUUUUGAAGUGGUGGCAGCCGUCCUGAAACUGGGAAAUAUUGAAUUUAAGCCUGAAUCUCGUGUGAAUGGCUUAGAUGAAAGUAAAAUCAAAGAUAAAAAUGAAGUCAAGGAAAUCUGUGAGUUGACAGGGAUAGACCAGUCCGUGUUGGAAAGAGCUUUCAGCUUCCGGACAGUUGAAGCCAAGCAAGAAAAAGUUUCAACAACACUGAAUGUGGCUCAGGCUUAUUACGCCCGUGAUGCUCUGGCAAAGAACUUGUACAGUCGAUUGUUUUCUUGGCUUGUCACCAGAAUCAAUGAGAGCAUCAAGGCACAAACAAAAGUGAGAAAGAAGGUGAUGGGGGUGCUGGACAUCUAUGGCUUUGAGAUUUUUGAGGACAACAGCUUUGAGCAGUUCAUUAUCAACUACUGUAAUGAGAAGUUGCAGCAGAUCUUCAUUGAACUCACCCUCAAAGAAGAGCAGGAGGAAUACAUCCGAGAGGGGAUUGAAUGGACUCAUAUUGAGUAUUUCAACAACGCUAUUAUUUGUGACCUGAUAGAAAAUAACCAAACUGGAAUCCUGGCCAUGCUAGAUGAGGAGUGCCUGAGACCAGGAACUGUUACUGAUGAGACCUUUUUGGAAAAGCUGAACCAAGUCUGUGCCACUCACCAGCAUUUUGAGAGCAGGAUGAGCAAAUGCUCCCGGUUCCUCAACGACACUUCCUUGCCUCACAGCUGCUUCAGGAUCCAGCAUUAUGCUGGCAAGGUUAUGUAUCAGGUGGAAGGAUUUGUUGACAAAAACAAUGAUCUCCUGUACCGUGACCUCUCCCAGGCCAUGUGGAAGGCCAGUCACCCUCUUAUCAAAGCACUGUUCCCAGAAGGGAACCCUGCUAAGAUCAAUCUGAAGAGGCCACCAACAGCAGGGUCACAGUUCAAGGCUUCUGUUGCUACCCUAAUGAAAAAUCUUCAGACAAAAAAUCCAAACUACAUUCGGUGCAUCAAACCCAACGACAAGAAGGCUGCACACAUCUUCAAUGAUGCCCUGGUGUGCCACCAGAUCCGCUACCUGGGUCUUCUGGAGAACGUCCGGGUCAGAAGGGCAGGUUAUGCCUUCAGGCAGGCAUAUGAACCUUGCCUGGAAAGGUACAAAAUGUUGUGUAAGCAGACAUGGCCCCACUGGAGAGGGCCAGCCAGGGAUGGAGUAGAGGUGCUGUUUAAUGAAUUGGAAAUCCCUGAAGAAGAGUUUUCAUUUGGCAGAUCAAAGAUAUUCAUCCGCAACCCAAGAACACUCUUCAAACUGGAAGACCUGAGGAAGCAGAGGCUGGAGGACUUGGCCACUCUCAUUGAGAAGAUUUAUAGAGGUUGGAAGUGUCGCACACGCUUCUUGUUAAUGAAAAAAAGCCAGAUUGUGAUUGCUUCCUGGUACAGGAGAUACUCACAACAAAAAAAGUAUCAGAAGAUAAAGAGUUCAGCUGUUAUAGUGCAGUCCUACAUCAGAGGAUGGAAGGCUCGGAGGCUUCUUUGGGAACUAAAGCACCAGAAGCGUUGUAAUGAGGCUGCCACAAUAAUUGCAGCUUAUUGGCAUGGUACCCAGGCACGAAGGGAACUGAGACGACUGAAGGAGGAGGCUAGAAAUAAACAUGCUAUUGCUGUUAUUUGGGCUUACUGGCUUGGAUAUAAGGUCCGUAGAGAGUACAGGAAAUUCUUCAGAGCCAAUGCUGGAAGAAAAAUUUAUGAAUUUACCCUCCAGAGACUUAUGCAGAAAUACUUCCUGGAAAUGAAGAACAAGAUGCCUUCUUUAUCACCAAUAGACAAAAACUGGCCAGCAAGACCUUACCUUUUCUUGGAUUCAACUCACAAGGAACUUAAGAGGAUUUUCCAUUUGUGGAGGUGUAAAAAGUACAGAGACCAGUUCACAGAUCAGCAGAAGCUCAUAUAUGAAGAAAAACUGGAAGCCAGUGAGCUUUUCAAGGACAAGAAGGCUUUAUAUCCAGCCAGCGUUGGGCAGCCAUUCCAAGGGGCCUACUUGGAAAUCAGCAAGAACCCCAAGUACAAAAAACUUCAAGAUGCUGUGGAUGAAAAGAUCAUUAUUGCAGAAGUUGUGAAUAAGAUCAACAGAGCUAAUGGGAAGGCUACAUCCAGGAUUUUCUUGUUAACCAAAAAUAAUGUUCUUCUUGCUGAUCAAAAAUCUGGGAAUAUCAAGUCAGAAGUUCCACUGGGAGAUGUUACCAAAGUGUCCAUGAGCUCCCAAAAUGAUGGUUUCUUUGCCGUGCACCUCAAGGAGGGUUCAGAAGCAGCUGGGAAAGGAGAUUUCCUGCUCAGCAGUGAUCACCUUAUCGAGAUGGCCACGAAACUUUACCGCACGACUCUCAGCCAAACCAAACAGAAGCUCAACAUUGAGAUAUCUGAUGAGUUUCUGGUCCAGUUCAGACAAGACAAAGUGUGUGUGAAGUUCAUCCAAGGCAGCCAGAAAAACGGCAACAUCCCAACUUGCAAGCGAAAAAACAAUCGGCUCCUGGAAGUGGCUGUUCCUUAACUGCAGCUGGUGGUUCUUCAUGGACUUGUUUCUUUGUAAUAGUGCAAUCUUAGUUGUUUGGUUUUUCCAGUUUUACCCCUUUCUGGAGCUGUUGAUGGCUGAGAGCUUUAGAAACCCUUGGCAAAACGUUUGAUCAGUCGACCUUUUUAACCUUUUUUUGUUCUAUGCCAGAAUUUUAACCCUCAAAAUGCAGGUUUUUUUUACCAAGUGAGGCAUUUUUACCAGCUGGCAUGUAUCUGUCAUAUCCAGGAACCAUUCUCUUUGUUUAGCAGGCAUACUUUAACUCAGUAUACCAUAAACCCACGUAUUAGGGUUAAAUUAGUCAUAUUAAUCUAGAGAUCUGCUUGACAGGAGCGAUACAUGGCCUCGGUGCUUGAUGGCCACUUGUGUCCAGUGUCUUUUUAUACUGACCCAAUCUGGUGUUCUGAUGGGCUUCCUGCUUGACACCACUGGGGAGACCAACACACUAACCCCAGGACCUCUGUAACUUCAUCCUUUUUUUAUCCAUACAGCACAGGAACAUCUAGUUUUGCAAAAAGAAGAAGGAAUAUCUGAGCAUACAAGCAGUUAUGUGCAUGAUUUUGUAGUAAAGGAAAAAAAAAAAAGCAGAAAUUUGGUUUUUUAAUCAGGUCAGAUAUUUUUCACAGCUAGACAGUAGAAAUCAGUCAAGGUAAAGAAGCUUGUUUCUCUCACAGACCUAUACAGUUUGAGGCAUAAUUUCUGUUCUGCUUAUUUUCUUUUAAAUUCUCUGUUAAGAUUAGAGCCUGAAAAAAUGCAAUGGUAUUCAUAACACGAGUUACCACCAGGUAUUUAAAUGGUUAGUUGUCAAGUGAAGGGUUUGAACCUUUCUUUUAGAUAUCAGCAUGUACAAUGUGCAAUAAAGCAUCCAUGGCAUUUUGUGAAAAAUUAUUUAUAAUACAUUUUUUGUGUGCAAGAGAGCAGAUUGGUGCAGACUGCAUAGACAAUGUAGGGGUUAAAGGAGAUUUGUGUUGUUAAUUUGCAGCUGUUUAGAGUGUACACUACAGUUGUCAAUUUGGGCAGAAUACUUAGAAUUUAAAAAAAAAGAAAAAUCCUUAAUUUGGGGGUCUGUAUAUAAAUUGGUAGUAUGGUAAUAAAACUGUUCUAAUUCUGUGCUGUUUGGUACUCCUAUGUUAUAACCAUAUUUUUGUACUCCAAACUAUUUUAUAUAACUCAUGUGUGCCUGAUGUAAAUGUGUGCACAGGAAACACAAUCAAGAGCUGCAUUAUCAACUUUCAGUGUAACUGAUUGCACUUAAUCUUUCCUUAAGCCAGCAGUGUUAGUUGAAAUCCUGAAGAGGAGAGAUGCAUUUUGAAGACAGAAGUUAACUGCUCAAGUGAAGGGUUUGUUGGAUGUGCCUGUUUGAUUUGUUGAUGUAAGGACAGUUGAGAAAGCAUUGUGUUUUAUUUUAUUUUAUUUUAUUUUAUUGGCAGGCUUAUAUAGGGCAUGAUUAAGACCCUGGGUGUCUGAUGUGAAGUGCUGGAAGUCCAAGCCUAAAUAAAGGAAAGAUAAA